AUGGACAUGAUGGAGGCGAACCGCAAAAGGGCGAUGGUGGCCAUGUCUAUAGCCCUUUUCCGGGGAAAUCCCCAAAUAAUACAGAAUAGGUUUGUCAGUGAGAGCCUUGAGACAGCAGGCCUAUCGUCAGAGAGACACCUCCCUGAAGAAAGACGUGCCAAAGUCCCAAGGACUGAGAACUAUGCUGAGGUGACGGUCCCACUUCAGUCUCUAGAUGAUUUCCGAUCGCAUUUUCGGCUCUCCAGGACGACAUUUGAGGUCUUAUUGGGGGAACUACAACCGUGUCCAGAGAUGGCCCUGGGACAACAUGGGUUUGGUCGUCCUCCAGUUGAACUCGGCAAGCAAGCCUUGGUGUUCCUCUGGUACCUUGGGUCACCCGACUCGUUUAGAUCAAUUUCUGAUCGCUUCGGGAUUUCGAGGUCAACAACACACUGCAUCUGUCGCAGAGUUUGCAAAGCCGUUGUGAACAACCUCAUUAAGAAACUAAUAUCCUGGCCAAGUCACGAGAACAGAGUGAACAUUUCUGAAGGAUUCGAAAAGUACAGUCACUUUCCAGGGGCCAUUGGGGCAAUAGAUGGGUGUCACAUAAAAAUCAAAGCCCCCACGAAGAAUCCCAAUUCAUAUGUAAACCGUAAGAAAUUCCACUCGGUUGUGCUACAGGGUGUCUGUGACGAUGCCCUGGCCUUCACCACGUCUAUACUGGCUGGCAAGGGUGCACACAUGAUGCCCGUGUUUUCAAUAACUCCUCAGUGUUCCAAGAGGCUGCAGCCAAGUUUGAAACGGAUGAAUUCCUCCUGGGAGACUCGGCGUACCCGAUACAACCAUGGCUUAUGA